GAAAAGAAAAGACACAAGAUCGGGUUACAAGAUGGCGGAUGGUUGCUUGUACUAGGUAGAAGGUUUUCGCAGAGACGUUGUUUUUGUGUAUCUAAAUGGUUAUAUAGACAGGGGUGUCUGCUUCUCCACGCUUAAAGAAAGUUAUUCCCCCCCCAAACUAAAAGAGACACUUUUUACUUCUCUAGUUAUUUCCACAACUACCGCAACGGUUUGAGCAGUUUGCUUGGAACAUGCGGGUUGAAACUGAAAGUUUAAAUCGUUGGCUUAAAAAUUAAAAUAAAAAAGAGAAGCAGUGUAAGGAGGAGGAAUCAUGUCGGAUACGCGGCGGCGGGUGAAGGUGUACACGUUGAAUGAAGACCGACAAUGGGACGACAGAGGCACCGGGCACGUCUCCUCUACCUACGUCGAGCGCCUAAAAGGAAUGGCCUUAUUGGUCCGGGCAGAGUCCGAUGGUUUCAUUUUAGGUUCACUUCUUCUGGAGUCCAAAAUAAGCCCUAACACAGCAUAUCAGAAGCAACAAGACACCUUGAUUGUUUGGUCAGAAGCUGAGAAUUAUGACUUGGCUCUGAGCUUUCAAGAAAAGGCUGGAUGUGAUGAAAUCUGGGAAAAGAUUUGUCAGGUGCAAGGAAAGGAUCCAGCAGUUGAAAUCACACAGGAACUUAUUGAUGAGUCUGAGGAGGAGCGUUUCGAAGAAAUGCCUGAAACAAGUCACCUGGUUGACCUCCCCCCUUGUGAACUUAACAAACUUGAAGAGAUAGCUGAUCUAGUAACAUCUGUUCUGUCCUCCCCGAUUCGCAGAGAAAAGCUUGCACUGGCCUUAAUGAAUGAGGGCUACAUUAAGAAACUGCUGCAGCUUUUCCAGGUUUGUGAGGACCUUGAGAACACUGAAGACCUGCACCAUUUAUAUGAAAUUGUAAGAGGAAUUUUGUUCCUCAACAAGGCAGCUCUCUUUGAGGUUAUGUUCUCGGACGACUGCAUUAUGGAUGUUGUUGGUUGUCUUGAGUACGAUCCCGCCCUAGUACAGCCAAAAAAGCACAGGGAGUUCUUAACCAAAACUGCCAAGUUUAAAGAGGUAAUACCCAUCACAGACUCUGAACUGAGGCAGAAAAUCCAUCAAACAUAUAGGGUGCAGUAUAUCCAGGACAUCAUCUUGCCAACUCCAUCUGUUUUUGAGGAGAAUUUUCUUUCAACGCUGACCUCUUUUAUUUUCUUUAACAAGGUUGAGAUUGUCAGUAUGUUGCAGGAAGAUGAGAAAUUUUUGUCUGAAGUCUUUGCACAGCUGACGGAUGAAGCAACUGAUGAUGGCAAGAGGCGUGAACUGGUUAACUUUUUCAAAGAAUUCUGUGCAUUUUCUCAAACGUUACAACCCCAGAACAGAGAUGCAUUUUUCAAGACUCUUGCUAACUUGGGAAUUCUUCCUGCUCUGGAAAUAGUAAUGGGCAUGGAUGAUUUGCAAGUGAGGGCUGCAGCAACAGAUAUCUUCUCUUAUUUGGUAGAGUUUAGUCCGUCCAUGGUACGGGAGUUUGUUAUGCAGGAAGCUCAGCAGAGUGAUGAUGACAUUCUCCUUAUAAAUGUGGUCAUUGAGCAAAUGAUAUGUGAUCCUGACCCUGAGCUUGGAGGAGCCGUUCAGUUAAUGGGACUCCUUCGUACUCUAAUUGAUCCUGAGAACAUGUUGGCACCAUCAAAUGUAAGAAAGCUUUACAGGAAAACAGAAAAGACUGAAUUUCUCAGCUUUUUCUACAAGUAUUGCAUGCAUGUACUCACUGCUCCUCUUUUGGCGAAUACAGCGGAAGAAAAAACAGGAAAAGAUGCAGUAGUUGGAUCCAACAAGAUUAGUGCAAUUUGUCCUGAUAACUUUCAGACAGCUCAGUUGCUGGCCUUAAUUCUGGAGCUGCUUACGUUCUGUGUUGAACAUCACACAUAUCACAUCAAAAACUACAUCAUGAACAAAGAUCUGUUGAGGCGGGUGUUGGUACUGAUGAACUCAAAGCAUACGUUCUUGGCCUUAUGUGCCCUGCGUUUUAUGAGGAGGAUUAUUGGCCUGAAAGAUGAGUUUUAUAAUCGCUAUAUCAUCAAAGGAAACUUGUUUGAGCCAGUCAUAAAUGCCUUGUUGGACAAUGGUACAAGGUACAAUCUUCUGAAUUCAGCAAUUAUUGAACUCUUUGAAUUUAUCAAAGUGGAGGAUAUUAAGUUACUCACUGCACACAUAAUUGACAACUUCUAUGAAACACUUGAAUCUAUUGAAUAUGUUCAGACAUUUAAAGGACUGAACACUAGAUAUGAGCAGGAGAAGGACAGACAGAAUCAAAGACUGAAUAGUGUACCCUCUACAGUGCGUAAUAACAGAUACCGCAGAGAUGCAAGGGCUUUGGAAGACGACGAAGAAAUGUGGUUUAAUGAAGAUGAAGAGGAGGAAGGUGAAGCUGUUGUACCUCCUGUAGAGAAGUCAAAGACUGAAGAUGAUUUUUCUGACAACUAUGGAAAGUUUAUUGAAGCAAAAAAAGCAGUUAAAGAAAAUGAGGACAAAGAAAACCUUCCAAAGAGGACCUCGAGUGGCAGCUUUAAGUUUACAUUUUCUCAUUCUGCUGGAGCAGCUAAUGGAACAAACAGCACCAACAGUAAAUCUGCAGCAGCACCAUCUUCACCUGCCAGCACUAACAGUUCUUCCUCAAAGACUGUCAGUUCGCCAGCUCCUGUUAUGACAAAGCAGGCAGGUUUAGUUGGGCUUGUAGAUUACCCAGAUGACGAAGAGGAAGACGACGAGGAGGAAGAAGCAUCCCCAAGAAAGCGCUCCCGUCUUGGAUCAUAAAGGACUUAGUAGAAAAUGUCAGUCGGUUUUUGAGUACAAUGGAGCAACUGUUCCACAGCUGAC